CAAAAAGGUGUAACAUCAGAAAUCUGCUGGGAAUGGCUGAAUGCAAAGCCUUUAAACUCUGUUCUGUACGUGUCGUUUGGUUCGAUGAACACAAUUUCACCAACACAGAUGAUUGAGUUAGCGACGGCUUUGGAUAAAAGUAAGAAGAACUUCAUCUGGGUGGUUAGGCCGCCGAUGGGCUUCGACAUAAACUCGGAGUUCAAAGCGGAGGAAUGGCUUCCAGAAGGGUUUGAAGAGAGGAUUCAGGGAAGAGGGUUGUUGGUGAGGAACUGGGCUCCCCAAGUGGAGAUUUUGUCUCACAAGGCAACGUCUGCUUUUCUGAGUCAUUGCGGGUGGAACUCCGCGCUCGAGGCCCUCAGCAACGGCGUGCCGAUGCUGGCGUGGCCGAUGGCGGCGGAGCAGUUCUUCAACGCCGUGCUGUUGGAGAGAGAGGUUGGGGUUUGUGUGGAGGUGGCUAGAGGGAAGAAUUGUGAGGUUAGGCAUCAAGACUUGGUGGCCAAAAUUGAGUUGGUGAUGAGUACUGAGAAAGGGAGUGAAAUGAGAAGGAAAGCUUGUGAGUUGAGGGAGAUGAUUGAGAAUGCUGUUAAGGAUCAUGAUGAUGAUCGGGAUGGUUGUUUUUAUAAAGGGUCUUCUCCUAAAGCAUUGGAUGAUUUUUUCAGUGCUGCAAUGAACAUGACAAAGUCAAAUUAGUAAGGGAAUGAUAUGAAUAAUGAAUAUUUGAAUUUUGAGGUUCCGAUUAAAUGAAAGUUGCCUGGGGUUGUUCGCUAUUUGAUUUUGUUUGUCAGUUUGCCUUGAUUAAGAUCUGUAGAUUAAUCAUUGUAGCUGGUGGCCUGACCGUGGCACGAACAUGUAUAUUGUAUUAUUCAGGCAAGGAUUGCAAUAAUUAGCGAUUAAAGUGUCCCAUUUUUGUUA